AUGAGAAGUCAUGUUUUGGAGGAGUUGAGCUUGAAUUCAAAUCAGGAGAUUUUGAUAGAGGCUGUGGCCCUUGAAAAGUUGAAGGAGAAUGCUGAUCAAGCUGAUAAAACUGCAGAAGUCGAGUAUAUUGAUAAACUUAUUGCUCUUGUAACUCGCAUGCAUCAUCGCAUUAUCUUAAUAAAACAGUCUCAGACCAGCAGCCCUGUUCUCAUACCUUCGAAUUUCAUCUGCCCCCUUUCGCUAGAGCUAAUGACUGAGCCAGUGAUUGUGGCAUCAAGAAAAACCUAUGAGCACGCUUUCAUCAAAAAAUGGAUUGAUCUUGGGCUCACUAUGUGCCCCAAGACACGACAGAAGUUGACUCAUACCAACCUUAUACCUAAUUACACUGUGAAGGCACUAAUUGCAAACUGGUGUGAGUCAAACAAUGUGAAGUUGCCUGAUCCAAUUAAGUUCAUGAGUCUAAAUGCGCCCUAUACACGUUGUGAAUCCGAGGUUAAAAAGUUGGUUGAGGACUUGAAGAGUACAUCAAUUGAUACUCAAAGGGAGGCCACAGCUCAACUCAGGUUUCUUUCCAAGCAGAGUAGGGAUAAUCGGAUUAUAAUAACGAACUUUGGGGUAAUUAGCUUGUUAGUUGAUUUACUUCAUUCACCAGAUACAAAGACUCAGGAAAAUGCUGUUACAGCACUUCUUAACUUUCAAAUUGAUAGCAACAAAACAGCCAUUGCUAAUGCAAAUGCAAUUUUUCCUCUGAUUCAUGUUCUUGAGAUUGGAAGUCCUGUUGCUAAAGAAAACACAGCUGCCACUCUCUUCAGCCUUUCGGCCAUCGAGGAUAACAAAGUCAAGAUUGGAAGGUCUGGGGCAAUCCGGCCUUUGGUUGAUUUGCUGGGGAAUGGUACUCCGAGGGGAAAGAAAGAUGCAGUGACAGCCUUGUUUAAUCUGUCAAUAUUUCAUGAAAAUAAGGCCCGAAUUGUGCAGGCUGGUGCUGUAAGAUACCUUGUGGAUUUGAUGCUCCCAACAGCUGGAAUGGUUGAUAAGGCAGUAUUUGUUUUGGCAAAGCUUGCUACAAUUCCUGAAGGGAGGACUGCAAUUGAAAAACACUGUGGGAUUCCCAUUCUGGUUGAGGUUGUUGAAAUGGGUUCAGCCAGAGGAAAAGAAAAUGCUGCUGGUGCUCUUUUACAUCUCUGCAUAUGCAGUCCUAGGUUUUGCAAUUUGGUUCUGCAAGGAGCUUUUCCAUUAUUAGUGGAAUUGUCCAACUGCGGAACCCCGAGAGCUAAAGAGAAAGUACAAUUUUUUUUUAAUUCACUUCCUUCAACUUCGGAAAAGUAAACAUCAUAAAGCCGAUGUUUGUUGCAGGCACAAGCACUUAUUAGCCACCUUCGAAACAUUAGACAUGGAUAUGCUGGAACAGGAUGAAAGUCCGGAAAACAACCGUCAUUACCAUUCAAGGUUUUGGGCCUAUACAGUUUGUUAUAUGUAUAUUUGAUGUUGUAAAUCAUGCAGGUGAAGUUUUGCUGCUUGAAAUUACAGGGAUAACUUGUGGAGGAUUUAAUUGAGAGUCCACUUGUGAAAUACUCCUCUUUUUUUCUCUCUCCUUGAAUAUGGGGAAAUUGUGAAUGUUGGAAAGAGAUUUUCCUACACGUGACUCUUUAUCUGGAGUUUGAACUUUGCAGCGAGCUUGGGGGUGGAAUGAGUGAAUAAUCUUCGUUCCAUUUGCUUAACCAAGUCCAUUAACAUUUUUUUAAACUACUUAUCAGUUGUCAAAAUCCUUUCUUAAUAUAUGUACUUACUGAUAUUCAGUGAAAAACAAUUAACCCUUCACAAUUUGACAUGAUAAGUAAUCAAUUUGACAUGAAGUUUAUAUUUAACUUCACGAGUAACUAGAAGCAAUUCUGCUAAACAAGCUCCUUUGGGCGGCUACCGCUGAAGAAAUCCCCAAAUUCCAGCUAAAACAUUCAUUCAUAAACAGAUUCCAAAUGUCCCAC